CCUCUUCAAUUUCUCUCUAACUAUUUUUUAAUCUUCCAAUUCAUUUCACUGUUGCUCUGUCUCUCUCUGUCUCUCUCUCUCUUGCUCUCUCUGCAAUUUCAUAAGCCUUCUGAUCGCAAUUUCACUACCGAAGAGCAGAGGAAGGACCGUGAGUGAAAGGAGUGCGGCAGGUCUGGCCGGGCUCAGCACCAUAGCCGUUCGACUUGGCGGCGGCGGCGGUGGAUUUUGGUACCGGAGGAAAAAGAAGACACGGAGCAGGAGUAAGACGAAAGUUAAGCAUCGGUUUAUGGAGCUUUGGCACAAGAUGAUUUUCCCUGUCCGACGAGUUUGGCUCACUGUUUCCGCUCGUGUUAGGGCCCGGAAGAGUGGAGCUGGGCUUCUGAAGCUUCAUGAUGACGUAGAAACCUGUGGAUAUGAAGAUGUGAAGGUGAUGUGGGAAAUGCUGCGUCGAUCGGAGUCGGAACUAGUCAGACCGACCGAAGCGCAAGCUACGGCCGUUUUGGAGAGUCUCUGUGUGGUCCAACCAUGCUGCUGCAGCCUCCUCUUACACUGCAACUCAUGCGUGAGGCCAUCAAACCAACACUCAGCUUCGUCAAUUCUGCGCCAUCUCUUUGGUAUCUUCACCGUUUUUUCAGAACUAACAGCCAAUGCUUGCAAUGGUACAGAACUUUUUACCAAACUUGUUCAAAGAAAUGUGAAGUCUUUGCACACGCAGUCCAUCUCUUCCACUUUGAGCAGACAAACACCCUUUUGUAAAUAAUAAUAAAUUUUUGGGUUCGUAGCUAAGAAUCGUUGGUGACUUGAUGAUACUUGUUUCAAUUCAGUUCAAAAAGUUGAUGAGAUCACUUGUAGUUUUACAUCAAAAUGAAAAAUGCCUUUCAAGAGCUGAGAAUGAAAACCAAUUGAAAUCCAAUCAUAAUUUAAACCUCUU